GUCAGGAUGGGGGAGACUGUCACCAACACAGCUAACAUCAACAUGCAGCAGGCAUUAAAGAUCCAUGUGGAAGAAGGCUGUGAUAUGGCCAACCCUUGCGAUUCCAACAUCUGCCCUGACAACAGCCAGUGCACAGACGACUGGAAUGCACACACCUGCGUCUGUGACCCCGGUUUCUUUGGCAAAGACUGCGUCGAUGCAUGUCACCUGAACCCCUGUGAGCAUUUGUCCACGUGCGUUCGUAAGCCGAGCUCCUCUCAUGGAUACACCUGUGAGUGCAGUCAGGACUACUACGGACAGUACUGUGAGAACAAGGUGGAAAAACCAUGUCCUCGGGGUUGGUGGGGCAGCCCUAUGUGUGGCCCUUGCAACUGUGAUGUCAGCAAGGGCUUCAACCCUGAUUGCAACAAGACUACUGGAGAAUGCCGCUGCAAGGACAACUACUAUCGACCGAAAGAUAGCGACACCUGUUUUCCCUGCGACUGCUUCCAUUUGGGCGCCAAUUCGCGCAUCUGUGACCCAGAGACGGGUCAGUGCCCCUGCAAGGCGGGUGUGAUUGGGCGACAGUGUAAUCGCUGUGACAACCCCUUUUCUGAAGUGACCAGCACGGGCUGUGAGGUUGUGUAUGAAGGCUGCCCAAAAGCCUUUGAUGCUGGAAUCUGGUGGCCCAGGACCAAUUUUGGACGCCCAGUUGCUAUGAAUUGUCCCAAGGGAUCUAUUGGUACAGCUGUCAGACACUGCAGCGACGAAAAAGGCUGGCUUCCCGCUGAACUUUUCAACUGUACCACCAUUACAUUCACCCACCUCAAGAAACUGAAUGAAGAGUUUCAUCGUAAUGAAUCCACAAUGGACGGACAGAAGUCAAAGGACAUCGCUCGAAUGCUACAGAACGCCACUGACCAGACCAAGUCCUUAUAUGGAAAUGAUGUUAAGACAACCUACCAGCUCAUUUCCUCGAUCCUGCAUUAUGAGAGCCAGCAGCAGGGCUUCAACCUGGCUGCCAUGCGUGACGCCAAAUUCACUGAGAACAUAGUGAAGGCUGGCAGCGCAAUCCUGGACGCCAGUAAUAAAGAGCACUGGGAACAGAUACAGAGAACAGAAGGAGGUACGGCACAUCUAUUAAAAAACUUUGAGGAGUACGCCAACACUGUGGCCCAGAACAUGAGGAAGACUUACCUGAAACCCUUCAUCAUCGUAACUGAGAAUAUGGUUUUUGCAGUGGAUUAUCUGGACGCCAAUUAUCCAGAUGAGGCAAAAAUCCCUCGUUUUCAAAUGACUGAUCAGGAGUGUCCCAAAGACCUUAAAUCAUCUGUUAUUUUUCCAGAAUUCAGUUUCAAGUCUCAAGUUUCUCCUACAGAUGAUCCAAAAUCUCAGAGCAGCUCUGAUGAGCACGAUCUGGCUACAAACAAGAGGAAAAGGCAUGCAGAGAGCCUGCCACCAUUUCCUGUAGCCGCGGUCAUCAUCUAUAAAUCUCUGGGCCAGCUUUUACCAGAGCACUACGACCCAGACCGCCGUAGUCUCAGGCUGCCGAACCGUCCGGUCAUUAACACUCCCAUCGUGAGCACGAUUGUGUACAGUGAAGGCGAGCCAUUACACAUUCCUCUGGAGCAACCGAUCACACUGGACUACAACCUUCUGGAGACAGAGGAGAGAACUAAACCAUUGUGCGUGUUCUGGAACCACUCUAUCGCUGUUGGAGGCACAGGCGCCUGGUCGUCUAAAGGAUGUGACCUCAUCUCCAGAAACCACACCCACAUCAGCUGCCAGUGCAAUCACAUGACCAGCUUCGCCGUGCUUAUGGAUAUCUCCAAGAGAGAGCACGGUGACGUUCUUCCCUUGAAGAUUGUCACCUACACCACAGUCUCCGCCUCUCUGCUGGCGCUCCUCAUCACCUUCAUCCUGCUGGCCAUCCUGCACAAGCUACGCUCCAAUCUCCACAGCAUCCACAAGAACCUGGUGGCCGCCUUGUUCUUCUCAGAGCUGGNNAUGAGUUUAAAACCCGAAAACAGGAAAAUAACUCAGUUUUCUCGUAGAGACUGGUGUCUGCUAUUUGUAUGUACGGUGAUAGCCAUCCUUCUGCACUACUUCUACAUGUGUACUUUUGCCUGGACGUUUGUGGAGGGUUUGCACAUUUACCGUAUGCUCACUGAAGUCAGAAACAUCAACCACGGCCACAUGCGCUUCUACUACGCCAUCGGCUGGGGGAUACCUGCUAUUAUUACAGGUUUGGCCGUGGGUUUGGAUCCCCAGGGGUAUGGGAACCCUGACUUCUGCUGGCUCUCCGUCCACGACACCCUCAUCUGGAGUUUUGCAGGACCCAUUGCUUUAGUGGUGCUGGUCAACAUCAUUAUCUUUGUGCUGGCGGCGAAGGCGUCGUGUGGCCGCAGGCAGCGUUCCUAUGAAAAGUCUGGAGUCAUUCCUGCUCUGCGGAUGGCCUUUCUGCUUCUUUUGCUCAUUAGCGCCACCUGGCUGCUGGGUUUGAUGGCCGUUAACAGUAAUGUCAUGACCUUCCACUACCUGUUUGCCGUCUUCAGCUGCCUGCAGGGCAUAUUCAUUUUCUUCUUCCACAUUGUGUUUAACAAAGAGGUGAGGAAAAAUCUAAAGAGCGUUUUCACUGGAAAGAAACCGUUACCCGAUGAGUCCAGCGCCACGCGCACCACCCUGCUGACGCGUACGCUGAACUGUAAUAACACGUACAUGGAGGACGGCACGCUGUUCCGCUCGGCCAUCGGCGAGUCGACGGUGUCUCUGGAGAGCACAGUCAGGUCAGCUAAGAGUCACAGCAGCUACCUUACUUACACGCACAGGGAUGAAUUGGGUCAGAAGCCCAGCGGUUCAUCUGGAAAUGCUAAAGCCGGACACACUGACAUUGAUGGCUCACUCUUCCGUAACGGCACUAAAGCAGAUGACUCGGAUUCAGACAGCGAGCUCUCCGUGGAUGAGCACAGCAGCUCGUACGCCUCCUCUCACUCGUCCGACAGCGAAGAUGAAGACAUGGACAUGAAGCCGAAGUGGAACAACGAGAGACAACCACUACACAGCACUCCAAAGGGUACAAAAGAAGUGGACACCGUGUCCAAUCACGUGAAGCCUUACUGGCCGACUGAAGCCAUGACAGCCAGUGACAGCGAAGAUCCUGGAGGGGCAGAGAGACUGAGAGUGGAGACUAAAGUUAACGUGGAGCUCCAUCAGGAAAAUAAACUCAAUCACGCUGGAGAGACCGCUCAGGACAAAGACCACCCGAACGCCUCCAUCCAAGCCAACAGCAACCACCAGCCUGAACAGAGGAAGGGCAUUCUAAAGAACAAAAUCAUGUAUCCUCCUCCAUUGACAGACAAAAACAUGAAAAACAAACUUAGGGAGAAGCUAUCAGACUACAACCCACCCACCAUCUCCUCCAGAGCGCCCUCUAUAGCCUCUAAUGACGGGGGCAACGGCCACAACGUCCUUAUUAAGCCCCCUCAUCGGCUGGCCGGCCCACCGCGAGAGCAGCAGAACGGCAUGGCCAUGAAUCUGAGAUCAGGGACCGUUAACGGUGGCAACCAGUCAGACUCCGACGGCAGUAAUGAAACAUCAAUCUGACCCAGCAGGAAACCCGAGGAACUUCUGCCCUCGUGAGGGGGCCCUCGACAGUGGGAGGAACGCGGAAAGCGACAGCGGAUUACCUAAAGACCCCUCCAUAUAGGUGCACCUUGCUCUCCAGCGUGUCCCUGGGGUCCAGGCUCCAUCGGAGAACAGUAUUACUGCAGUCGUCUGCCCGUUAAGCGAAUGAUAUGGAAAGAAAAGGGAAAGAACGUACGUUACGACAUUAAAUACGAGGAUUUAUGGAAACCGUGCCAAACCGCUAGACGUGGGACUACAACCCUCCCAGCAUGCCGAGCGGCAAGCUCUGACCGAGUAAUAGGUGGACUUGAAGAGACUUUGUGUAAUUUUGUACGUUUUACCACUAGUGCUUUUAAAAGCGGUGCAUUUGCGCACGCGAUCACAUAAGGCUGGAACUGUACAGAGACAUUUUCCGACUACGAAAAGUAAAAAAAUUGCGAAAUGCUGAAAUUUUCACCAAGUGCCCAGCUCGCCCUCAUCGAGGAGAUCCGUCUCGUAACUAAUACCUUUCAUGUAAUUACUGUGUAGAUAUCAUUUUCUGCUGUCGUUUUGAAAUUGUAAUAUUGCAAUGCCAUUUGUAUAUUGAAAAGCAUUUUUAAUAACGUUUAAUGCAAGAUUAUUUUUAUCCAAUGUGGUUGAAUCGAACACGUUUUGUACUUGAUAGUUGUUAUUUGGGUU